AUGGCAGCCAAAAUGAUGUCUUUACGGCCUUCGAAAGAGGCCAUACACUCUUGUUCCAGAACAAGACCUGCGCCCAUGCGACCAUUUUCCUCCUCCCCCGCCGCCCUCGCCGUCUCCCCAUACCGAAGAACAUUACCCAAGACCAUCACAGAAGCAUCCAAAAGAACACAGGCAACCGCUGCUGCUUUCACUUCACCAACAAGGCCAAUACCAAGUCCAGCUUUCAAUCAGGAUUACCGAAGGAACGAUGUAUCGCCAUUGCAGAACCGUCAAUUGCCCGAGAUGGACGACUCGUUCAUCGGGCUUAAUGGUGGAGAAAUCUUCCACGAAAUGAUGCUCAGACUAGGUGUCAAGCAUAUUUUUGGCUAUCCUGGUGGUGCGAUUUUGCCUGUCUUCGAUGCGAUCUAUAACUCCAAACAUUUCGAUUUUAUCCUCCCAAAACAUGAACAAGGGGCUGGUCAUAUGGCUGAGGGCUAUGCUCGGGCUUCAGGGAAGCCUGGUGUCGUUCUUGUCACUUCUGGUCCUGGCGCAACAAAUGUGGUCACACCAAUGCAAGAUGCGCUCUCUGAUGGAACACCCAUGGUUGUUUUCUGUGGUCAGGUACCCACAACCGCUAUUGGUACGGAUGCCUUUCAAGAAGCCGACGUGAUUGGAAUUUCGCGAGCUUGCACGAAAUGGAAUGUUAUGGCCAAGAAUGUUGCAGAACUGCCAAAGAGAAUAAAGGAAGCAUUUGAGAUCGCGACUACCGGUCGGCCAGGCCCUGUCCUGGUGGACUUGCCCAAGGAUGUGACAGCUGGCAUCCUACGGAAACCAAUUCCGAUGCAUUCCACAAUUCCCUCUCACCCUUCUGCUGCCACCGUCGCAGCUAGAGAUCUCUCAAGACGACAACUUGACGAGGCCAUCUCACGUGUAGCCAGGCUGUUUAAUGUGGCGAAGAAGCCUGUCAUAUACGCAGGACAAGGUGUGUUUGGUCACCCAGACGGAACGAAGGUUUUGAAAGAACUGGCCGACAAAGCCUGCAUCCCAGUUACCACCACCUUACAAGGAUUGGGAGGCUUCGACGAGCUAGAUCCGAAGUCUCUACAUAUGCUUGGUAUGCACGGUUCGGCAUAUGCAAAUAUGGCCAUACAAGAAACGGAUCUCCUCAUCGCUCUUGGUGCUCGCUUCGAUGAUCGUGUGACCGGUAAUAUUGCCAAGUUUGCACCUCAGGCUAAGGCCGCUGCGUCAGAGAAAAGGGGAGGUAUAGUCCAUUUCGAAGUCAUGCCAAAGAACAUCAACAAGGUUGUGCAAGCUACUGAAGCAAUUGAGGGGGAUGUCACAACGAAUCUCCAACAACUGAUCCCACAAGUCAACGCUGUCAGCUCAAGGCCUGAAUGGUUCGAACAGAUCGAUGACUGGAAGACACGAUUUCCUCUGUCAAAUUAUGAGAAAGAGACACCGGAAGGACUUAUCAAGCCCCAGCAGCUGAUAGAAAGGCUUUCAAAUCUGACAGCCCACAGAAAGCACGAGACGAUUAUCUCUACAGGUGUCGGGCAACAUCAAAUGUGGGCAGCUCAACAUUUCCGGUGGAGACAUCCACGAACUAUGAUCACUUCUGGUGGACUUGGUACCAUGGGAUAUGGUCUUCCUGCGGCUAUCGGCGCCAAGGUGGCGAGACCAGAUGCAUUGGUCAUCGAUAUUGAUGGUGAUGCCUCUUUCAACAUGACGUUGACAGAGCUAAGUACUGCAAAUCAUUUCGAUAUCGGAGUGAAGAUAAUCGUCUUAAACAACGAAGAACAAGGCAUGGUGACUCAAUGGCAAUCCUUGUUCUACGAGGACAGAUUUGCACAUACGCACCAGAAGAACCCCGACUUUAUCAAGCUUGCAGAAGCCAUGGGUGUGCAAGCAAGGAGAUGCUUGAAGCCAGCUGACGUUGACGAGUCCCUGGAGUGGCUUGUCAAUGGCAGUGGAGAUGGACCAGCGUUGUUGGAAGUUAUUACAGACAAGAAGGUGCCCGUUUUGCCCAUGGUACCCGCUGGAAAAGCUUUACAUGAGUUUCUAGUGUAUGAUGAAGUCAAGGAAAAGGAACGGAGGAGAAUUAUGAAGCAGCGAAGCGGUCACUGA